GAAUUAUGCAUGACGGCGUGUCUUGGCCAGACUUUGGCUGGGCGGGGAUUGGCUGCAGGGGCUGUAAUUCAGCGGUUUCCGGAGCUGCGGCGGCGUAGACACGGAGGGGACCUAGGGGUUCCGACGUCUCAGCCGAGGGAACUGGCCCCAACCGGAUCCUUGACUAGCACCCGUGCUAGGCGCUGUCCCUCCGCGUCCGCUAGGAAAAGCCCGGCGGCCUGAGGUAGCCCAGCCGCCCGCACCCGGCGCAAGCGCAGCCCCGGCCUGUUGACCUCAGCCGGAGAAACAGUUGGGACCCUUGAUUCCAGCAGGAUGGCCCAGUGGAAUCAGCUACAGCAGCUGGACACACGGUACCUGGAGCAGCUUCAUCAGCUGUACAGUGACAGCUUUCCCAUGGAGCUACGGCAGUUUCUGGCCCCUUGGAUUGAGAGUCAAGACUGGGCAUAUGCCGCCAGCAAGGAAUCACAUGCCACUUUGGUGUUUCAUAAUCUAUUGGGUGAGAUUGACCAGCAGUAUAGCCGGUUCCUGCAAGAGUCGAAUGUUCUCUAUCAGCACAAUCUGCGAAGAAUCAAGCAAUUCCUUCAGAGCAGGUAUCUUGAGAAGCCAAUGGAGAUUGCCCGCAUCGUGGCCCGGUGCCUGUGGGAAGAGAACCGCCUCCUCCAGACUGCAGCCACUGCAGCCCAGCAAGGGGGCCAGGCCAACCACCCCACAGCUGCAGUGGUGACAGAGAAGCAGCAGAUGCUGGAGCAGCACCUCCAGGAUGUCCGGAAGAGAGUGCAGGAUCUAGAACAGAAAAUGAAAGUAGUAGAGAAUCUCCAGGAUGACUUUGAUUUCAACUAUAAAACCCUCAAGAGUCAAGGAGACAUGCAGGAUCUGAAUGGAAACAACCAGUCUGUGACCAGGCAGAAGAUGCAACAGCUGGAACAGAUGCUUACCGCGUUGGACCAGAUGCGGAGAAGCAUUGUGAGUGAGUUGGCGGGGCUUUUGUCAGCAAUGGAAUAUGUGCAGAAAACCCUCACGGACGAAGAGCUGGCUGACUGGAAGAGGCGGCAGCAGAUUGCUUGCAUCGGAGGCCCUCCCAACAUCUGUCUAGAUCGUCUAGAAAACUGGAUAACCUCAUUAGCAGAAUCUCAACUUCAGACCCGCCAACAAAUUAAGAAACUGGAGGAGCUGCAGCAGAAAGUUUCCUAUAAAGGAGACCCCAUCAUACAGCACCGGCCAAUGCUGGAGGAGAGAAUCGUGGAGCUGUUCAGAAAUUUGAUGAAAAGUGCCUUCGUGGUGGAGCGGCAGCCCUGCAUGCCCAUGCAUCCCGACCGGCCGUUGGUCAUCAAGACCGGUGUCCAAUUUACUACUAAAGUCAGGUUGCUGGUCAAAUUCCCUGAGUUGAAUUAUCAGCUUAAAAUUAAAGUGUGCAUUGACAAAGACUCUGGGGAUGUUGCAGCUCUCAGAGGAUCCCGGAAAUUUAACAUUCUGGGCACAAACACCAAAGUGAUGAACAUGGAGGAGUCCAACAACGGCAGUCUCUCGGCAGAGUUCAAGCACUUGACCCUGAGGGAGCAACGAUGUGGGAAUGGGGGUCGAGCCAACUGUGACGCCUCCCUAAUUGUGACCGAGGAGCUGCACCUGAUCACCUUUGAGACUGAGGUGUAUCACCAAGGCCUCAAGAUUGACCUAGAGACCCACUCUUUGCCAGUUGUGGUGAUCUCCAACAUCUGUCAGAUGCCAAAUGCCUGGGCAUCGAUCCUGUGGUAUAACAUGCUGACCAACAACCCCAAGAACGUGAACUUUUUCACCAAGCCCCCAAUUGGAACGUGGGAUCAAGUGGCCGAGGUGCUGAGCUGGCAGUUCUCCUCCACAACGAAGCGUGGGCUGAGCAUCGAGCAGUUGACUACGCUGGCAGAGAAACUCCUGGGACCUGGUGUGAACUAUUCAGGGUGUCAGAUCACGUGGGCUAAAUUUUGCAAAGAAAACAUGGCUGGCAAGGGCUUCUCCUUCUGGGUCUGGCUGGACAAUAUCAUUGACCUUGUGAAAAAGUACAUUCUGGCCCUUUGGAAUGAAGGGUACAUAAUGGGCUUCAUCAGUAAAGAGCGGGAACGGGCCAUCUUGAGCACCAAGCCCCCAGGAACCUUCUUGCUAAGAUUCAGUGAAAGCAGCAAAGAAGGAGGAGUCACCUUCACUUGGGUGGAGAAGGACAUCAGCGGUAAGACCCAGAUCCAGUCAGUGGAACCAUAUACCAAGCAGCAGCUUAACAACAUGUCAUUUGCUGAAAUCAUCAUGGGCUAUAAGAUCAUGGAUGCCACCAACAUCCUCGUGUCUCCACUGGUCUAUCUCUACCCUGACAUCCCUAAGGAAGAAGCAUUCGGGAAGUAUUGUCGGCCCGAGAGCCAGGAGCAUCCGGAAGCCGACCCAGGUAGUGCUGCCCCAUACCUGAAGACCAAGUUUAUCUGUGUGACCCCAACGACCUGCAGCAAUACCAUUGACCUGCCGAUGUCCCCCCGCACUUUAGAUUCAUUGAUGCAGUUUGGAAAUAAUGGUGAAGGUGCUGAACCGUCAGCAGGAGGGCAGUUUGAGUCCCUCACAUUUGACAUGGAGUUGACCUCGGAGUGCGCUACCUCCCCCAUGUGAGGAGCUGAGAACGGAAGCUGCAGAGAGAUAUGGCAGAGGCGCCUACCUGUGCUCUCCCACCCCUUACACAGACAAACCCCAGAUCUUCUGAAACUCCGCACUCUGUGGUUCCAGAUUUUUUUUUUUUUAAUCUUUUACUUCUGCUAUCUUUGAGCAAUCUGGGCACUUUUAAAAAUAGAGAAAUGAGUGAAUGUGGGUGAUAUGCUUUUAUCUAAAUGCAAAUAAGAAUGUGUUCUCUGAGACCUUGAUCAGGGGAUGUGGAAGAGGGUGGCUGAAGGAGAAAAAGGAAAUGUCUUGUGUUUUUUGUUCCCUUGCCCUCCUUUCUCAGCAGCUUUUUGUUGUUGUUGUUGUUGUUGUUGUUGUUGUUAGCCAAGUGCCUCCUGGUGCCAGUGGCAUCCUUCUGCCUGUUUCUAUAAGCUCAUGCCACAGGCUGCCUGUAGCUACAUACUCCUGGCAUUGCACUUUUAACCUUGCUAACAUCCAAAUAGAAGGUAGGACUGUCUGAGCCCUAGGUUUCUUUUUAAAUUAAAAAUUAAAGGGCAAAAAACACCCAGUGCAUAGCCUUUCUAUAUUUAAGAAAACCCAGUUAACAGCCUUCUUGGUGCUUUAAGCAUUCAGCUUUCUUCAGGCUGAUAAUUUAUGCAAUUCUUGAUAAUGGCCUUCAGAUUAAACCCUUAAAAGACAUCUGAAGCUGUGGCCUGGGCUUUGUAUUGAAAUAGGAAGGUUUAGGGAGAACCUAACCAUCUUUUAGCCAUUUUUUAUAAACAGAUUUUUAUUUUCCCCAUAAUGUGUUAGCCUUUGGGCAGGGGUAAGGCUGAGCAGAGGGUGCUUACAACCUUACUCCCCUUUCCCGUGGACUUUAGCUCCUGUUUCAGAGCCUAGGUUGCUCCUGUGGGUGCCUUACCAGGGCCGGGAUGAUUCUGCUUCCUUCCCCCUCAGUCUCCCUGACCCCGCUAGUGGCAUUUAUCCUUCCAGUGUCUAAAGGUCCAUUGUCCUAUUUGCUUUGGGAAUCCAGGUCUCAGGGCCUCAUAGAAGAAGAGGGAGAGAGUUAUAGGCUGAACAUGACUCAGACUAUGGGGCCUCAGUGAAGUGUCUAGCUGACCUCAGGGAAUAUGGUUCUUACCCCAGUUUGUUGGUGAUUUCCAGCAGUACCCAUAGUCACUUCUUCCCUUGGCAAAUGCAGGGUAAAGGCUCACCUAUAAACGCGAGGUCUGCCCCUUUUCUGAGGCUGGUGACUGUCUCUUCCCUACAGGGGUCCCAUGAGUGACACAGAACAAGCUACAGCCUUCCAUAUGGCCUGUGCCUCAGCCUUUACUGUGCAUUUUGGAAGACUAGGUAUGUGCUAGGUGGACCUCCUCUGACCCAGAGGCAUGGCUGGAUUUGGUGUCACAAAACCAUUUUGCCUCAGUUGAGCAGAGUUUCUACGGAAUUCUAUUUAUUAGAUCCAAAUUAGCUAGUUUCUGAAUUAAGGAGGAAAGGACCUUCUCUCUAAGAUGAACAGGGCUCACCCAUGGCCAUUCCUGUCCUCCUGCCUGGAAAGGGUUGAUGUGUGACACUCCCUUCUCCAGCAACACUCUUCAGUACAUGAUAAGCUUAACUCAUUAACCAAGAGAAUAUCUAGAAAGGUGAGACUUGGGCUUACCCCUGGGUUUAAGUCAUAGGAAUCUAGGGCAAAGUUUGAGCUUCUCUGGAGCAGACUCUGUAAAGUUCAUGGCUAUGGCGUGUUUAUCUGGUUUUAAUUCUGAUUGUAACAAAAGUUCUGAGAGGAGCUGAGACUUGCUCAGUCAGGUCCCUCAGUUAGAGGACAGAGUCCUCAGGACCUGCCGGCUCUCUCCCCCUUCCCCUGCCACUGCAUUCAAAUUCCAGUGUAUACUUCAUAGUGUAAAAAUUUAUAUUAUUGUGUUUUUUUUUUGUAUAUUGCUGUAUCUACUUUAACUUCCAAAAAUAAAAGUUAUAUAGGAAUCAUCUGA